GCUAAAUAUUAUAGAGCUAUUUAUUUUUUGUGCGUUAUUCUGUAACCUGACAUAUUACAGUGUGCUUCAAGUCCAUAACAAAAGGCUACAACAUAUACAUGAUGACAAGUUCAUAGUCUUCUAAGUGGAUGCUUCAAUAAAAACAAAAGUGAAAAAUUCUACACCAGAAAUUCAAUACAACUGCAUGUGUACUAGCAAACCAUGGACAGCUGGUCUACUGACCUCAUUAUUGGGACAACUUUAUUUGUAUCUUUUAUUAUUUUCCUUUUUUAUUUACAUCUAUAUCAAACAAAAACAAUUUCAUCGGUGUCAAGGGCAGUUCUUAUAACAGGUUGCGAUACUGGAUUUGGUCACCAACUCGCCAUUCGACUAGACACAGAAGGAUAUAAAGUCUUUGCUGGAUGUCUAGAUGUAAAUAGUGAAGGAGCAAGGAAGCUUCAAAGUUAUUCUCAAACUCUUACAAUCUUACAGUUAGAUGUCACCAAAAGUGACCAGAUAGAGGCAGCAAAAGUAAUAGUUGUAAAUAAUCUAAUGGGAAACGUAUUAUGGGCUGUAGUGAACAAUGCAGGGCUAGCUAGUCAUGCGCAGUUUGAAUGGUUGCCCAAGACAACUUUUGAACGAAUGAUACAAGUCAAUUUAAUGGGCGUUGUCAACGUCACUCGAGAGUUUCUGCAUCUCAUUAGAGCUAACAAGGGAAGAAUUAUUAACAUAGCAAGCAUGGCAGGUCGAACUGCUAUUCCCGGCUUUACAGCAUACUCAGCCUCAAAAUUCGCUGUUAUAGGAUUUUCUGACAGCUUAAGAAGAGAAAUGAAACAUUUUGAUGUCAAGGUUAUAACUAUUGAGCCUUCACUUUACAAGACUGGCUUAUCGGCUCAUUUCAUACUUCAAAAUGAUGUCUUUUGGUCCAUAGCUGAACCUGCAGUACGUCGAGAUUAUGGUGGGAAAUUCUUUUCUGAUACUCAGUUAUCAAGAAACAGAUUAUUAAAUCGGGCAAGAAAGAAUAUUGAUGAAGUUAUAGACUGCUGUGUGCAUUCCGUGACCGCUGCUUAUCCCUCCAAGCGUUAUGUACGGCCAAGACACUUACAGAUCUUCAAUGAUUUCUUUAAUGAAAUGUUUCUUGAUUUUCAAGACCUUAUAUUGUACUACAUAACGGGAAUAUACACUAAGCCAGACAUGAUGUGUCACGAGAACCAGGACAUAGAGCAUCAUAUGUUAGGACGUCGUAGGAGUUACGCUACAUAGAUGACUCUAUGUUUGUAUAUAUGUAUGAACUUUUGAGAGAAGAGAGUGAGCUUUUUGUUUCAUUAACUAAAGAUAAAUGUAAGAUUUGAAAUUGAUGUUAUAUUUUGAUUGGAACAUUAAGUUAGAAAUAAAUAUUUCUGAAAAACAUAUGAAAAAUUAAAUAAACUGAAUUCUCUCCCUCUCUUUCUUUCUCUAACACGCACACACGGAUCUUAUAAAUAAGCUAAGAACAAAAAAUACCAUCCUACUUACACAAAUGUUGAAAGAUCUAAAAUCAUUACACUCACAAUCGAGCGUCUAAUGAUAAACGCACUAAAACAUAUGUCUAAUAUAAUCCUGUGGCAGUUAAGGUCUCGAGGGACGAUCUUUUCCCUCUGCAACUUCUUAUGUGACUAAAGAGGCCAAUCUUUGAUACACAGCUGCGUCUAAUAUAAUAUACGUACAUCAACACAUAUACAUACAUUUUCAUUAAUAUACACUUCACACAUAUAAUCAUGUCCAAUAAUGAAAACCCUUUAAUGCAUUACAUUACAUAUUAGGCCUACAUACAAACAUGUCUGCACUAAUAAACAUUAUAAACUAUAUGAUAAAAUGCCUAAAAAUGAAACAAACAUAAAGAAAUUUGUUCCGUUACGAAAUGGCCGCCCUUUUCCCACAAUAUAAUCCUUUCCAUUUACACAUCAAUUUAUUUUGUGUUACGUAAUGUGCAGCCAAAACAAAAAAAAAGGUUUCAAUACUUUGCUUCCUCUCACAACCCUAAAGAUACAACACCUUUUCCAAAUUCACUUCUUUUGCUCAUCAAUUGUAACUAUGAAGGAUGAAAGAUCUUAGCUUUCCUUUAAAAACAAACUUAUAUCAACUCACUGUCUGUUUGGUGAAAAGCUUGUACAAGUUAUUUCUCCCACACCCAAUCUCCAAUCUCGGAUACAGCAGAAUUUUUGCACAGUUGUUUCUUUUAUCUGACUAAACAAGAAUCAAUAAAAACAAUAAACAAAAUAUAUAAUUAACUAUUGAUAAUAUUAUUUUGAUUGGUAUCGAACAAGGGAACGAAAUUGUACUGACUGAUGUGAUGGUAGAAGUUGAAUUGGUCCUCUUCAUACUUAAUAUAAGUUUGAAACUAAUAAUAGAUAACUAUAAAACCUUCUAUUUUCUUAAGUACUUCCCUGAUACAGUGGUUAAUGUGUUGUCUUUAGGCAGCUGAAGCUUUCGAGUUUGAAUUUAGGUCCUUAAUAUAUAU